AUGAAAAAACAUUUUUUACUUUCAACUUUCUUGUGUUACUUAAGCCUUUUGAUCUCUCACACUCUUACAGCAACAAUCCCAUCCCAAUUUAAUUCGAUUGAGAAUAUUUCAAGCAUACAGUCGCCAACACCUUCAGAUGAUCCCACCAGAGAAACCAUAACUCCAGAGAAUGGGCAUGAUAACUUUGAAAUAUCACCUUACUCGUGUCAACUUACCGGAGAGUGCACUUGUCAUGCGAUCGGAGAGUGCGAGCCUUGUGAUAUGGCCGAAAUGGAAUCAGAGAAAUACUGUGCAGGCUAUGGGAAUAAAGAACCGGUUGAGUGUAAUUGGUCAUUAAAUGAUCCACCGCAUGGUAACAGUACGGAUGGUAGUAAAGGCACACUACCUAAAUUUCAAUCGUGUAAGCGUGUUAAAAAGUUGGAGAAGAUCAAAUAUUUUGAAUUUCAGUUUGUAAACAUGUUUGUCGCUUUCCUGUCGUGCGCUAUAUUAAUUUAUCGUAGACUAAAGCUUUCCGCUGAUGGAUAUAGAAAAUUAGUUAGCCGUAUCGCGGGAAACAUUUAA